ACAUAACGUACAAAUAUACUGUAGCGUACGAACCCUUCCCAAGAGACACAGACACACCCUCGUACUCAAACCUAAGCAUAAGCUGCUUUGUAUCAUAUUUAUUAACUGUUAAUCACAAUGUCGAUUAUGAAUCUAGACAAGUUCGAUCCCUUUGCGGAUGCGGAGACGCGUACUGACGAAGGAGGAGGUCGUCAGGUAGAUCUGGUGCACAUCCGACUGCAGCAACGUACUGGUAGAAAGACGCUAACCACUGUACAAGGAUUAUCUGCUGACUACGACAAGAAGCUUCUAGUCAAGGCAUUCAAGAAGGAGUUUGCCUGUAAUGGUACCGUUGUUGACCACUCUGAGUACGGAGAUGUAAUUCAGCUGCAGGGAGAUCAACGUACUAGCAUCUGUGAUUUUCUGACUCGCGAGGGACUGGUGCGCAAAGAUAAACUCAAGGUCCACGGUUUCUAAGCAGACUAGGUGAUUCAAAAAUAGAAUCAACAACAAUAAUAAUAUUAUACUAUGUCUGUGAAUGCUACUGACAGAGGAUGGAAUAGACCCCCCGGCCACAGCCUCGAGUGAAACUCAAUCGGCGUGUCGAAUCUCUUGUGUGCACAUGGAGACCUUUGUGCGUUCGUUGAUGGGAAAAUGUGGAUCGCAUGGCCAGGACAAGCCUAUAGGACGCAUUUGCAUACGUUUGAGACAUCUCAUUUGCCAAGGCCUAGAUCAAACUUAUGAUUUUCCAGGUGUUAAUACGCUCGAAAGUGGUUUUAUGCUUUAGGUCAGCUUGCAAAUAUGGGCCCGUGCUAAUUCAACACUUUCAGGGUGAUUUGAGGACUGAGAGGGAUGCCAGGUUGAUGCAACAUAUCUGGGAAUUUACUCGCAUUGAUGUAGGGGGCAUAUUCCGUAAUGGCUGACUGACAUCCAUAGUAUCUAGUGAGGAGGGAGAGAAAUAUGUACAUAAAUUCCGGAUGACAUGUUGGGAAUUACGAUUAUUAUAGUUCGGCAUCUGCCGGACUUUGGCUAAUAUUGUGGGAUUAGCGACUUCGUUGUUGUUUGGUCUAACGGGGUGGGCUGAACUGUCGGUUAUGUAUACCGCUGAAUAUGCUGUGGGACGAUUUUUUUUUGUUGUAGCUUGGUCCUUAGAGUCAACCUGAGAAUUAUGGUAUUGUAUUUGAACAUGGCUGCAUAUGCGUAUACGUUUGUAUGGAUUGGUUAAUAUUUGUAUAUAUACGGUGUCUUGAGUUAAACGUAGGCUGCUAUCACCAAUUAGUAAUCCUAUAGAUAGUUGUCCGAUUUUUGUGUGUGUUGGCAUAUUAUGUUAGUUGUAGGCGUAUGAGAAAUCACCUAACGUUCUAUUCGUGUGCUAGUAAGUGUUGCAGUAGAGUGGAUAUGUGUAAUUCCGGUGUAUGCCUUGAGCACCGUUUCGUUAUCGGAUUGGCUUCGAGAAGGCACUUGCUCCGCACGGAAGUGUAUCACAGUGCUUUACUGCUCGAAGUGUAAAUAUCCGUAUAUCAAUCCAUUUAUUUCAAUGCAUUUGUUUCCAUGUUUGUGAAUAAUAUUCGGUCGAGGGCAGGGCCGUAUGUAUGGCUUUGCUCUCCCAUAUAUUUAGUUCGAACUAUGGACUUUUGCACAUGUAUCUGGUUGUCCAUCAUAUUUCAUGACACUCAAGUUCAGGGGGUGCCCGUAUUGCUUGUUGGGUAUAACCAUGGUUGAUACAUUACCCGUUUAUCAU